UUUAAGGAUGAGCACCAAGCAACAUCUCCAGGUGCUCCUUUGAGAACCAGGGCAAAAAAGUUAUGUGCACCCCUGGUUAUAACAUUUUAUUUAGUGUCGUGUUGUAAAGUAUAGACAUAAAAAUGUUUUAUAAAAAUCAUGACAUUUAAAACCCUGACUGUUUUUUAAUUUUAUUUUCAUCAUCAGAUUCUCAAAAGCAUUUUCCUGAUUCUCUCAUGUUUCCUUCUCUUCCAGCAGAACGUGGUCUGCAGGAGGUUCUAGAUGAACAUAGGCUCAGUCUGAGGAGGAGAUGUGAACGUGUGACUGAAGGAACUGAUCAAAGUGAAACCCUCCUCAACAGGAUCUUCACUGAGCUCUACAUCACACAAGGCCAGAGUGAAGAGGUUAAUACCCAACAUGAGGUGAGGCAGCUGGAGACAGCUUCCAAGAAGAAGACCCUCCAUGACACUCCAAUCAAGUGCCAGGACAUCUUUAAAGCCUCACCUGACCAACAGACUCCCAUCAGAGCGGUCCUGACCAACGGAGUCGCUGGAGUUGGAAAAACCUUCUCAGUGCAGAAGUUCACUCUGGACUGGGCCGAGGGUUUGGGGAACCAAGAUGUCAGUCUGGUGAUCCCGCUCUCCUUCAGGGAGCUGAACCUGAUCAAAGGUGAGCAGUACAGUCUUCUCAGGCUGCUCCAUGUUUUCCAUCCAACCUUACAGAAGGUCACAGCAGAGCAGCUGGCUGUCUGCAAAGUGCUGUUCAUCUUUGACGGCCUGGAUGAAAGCAGACUUUCUCUGGACUUCAGAAACAGUGAGGUUGUGUCUGAUGUCUCUCAGCAGUCCUCAGUCAACGUGCUGCUGACAAACCUCAUCAGGGGGAAGCUGCUUCCCUCGGCUCUCGUCUGGAUAACUUCCAGACCUGCAGCGGCCAAUCAGAUCCCUCCUGAGUGUGUGGACAGGGUGACAGAAGUACGAGGCUUCACUGACGCCCAGAAGGAGGAGUACUUCAGGAGGAGAUGGAGUGAUGAAGACCUGUCCAGCAGAAUCAUCUCUCACAUCAAGAGCUCCAGGAGCCUCCACAUCAUGUGUCUGAUCCCAGUCUUCUGCUGGAUCACUGCUGCAGUUCUGGACCACAUGUUGACUACAGACCAGAGAGGAGAGCUGCCCCAGACCCUCACUGACAUGUACGCACACUUCCUGCUGGUCCAGACCAAGAGGAAGAAGCAGAAGUAUGAAGAGGGACAUGAGACGAGUCCACAGCAGCUGACGAAGGCUGACAGGGAGCUUCUUCUGAAGCUGGGGAGGCUGGCGUUUGAACAUCUGGAGAAAGGAGACAUCAUGUUCUACCAAGAAGACCUGCAGCGCUGUGGUCUUGGUGUCACCGAGGCCUUGGUGCACUCAGGAGUUUGUACACAGAUCUUCAAAAGAGAGAGUGUGAUCUUUCAGAAAACAGUCUACUGCUUUGUUCAUCUGAGCAUUCAGGAGUUCCUGGCUGCAGUCUACAUGUUCCACUGUUACACCAACAGAGACACAGCGGUACUGGAGGACUUCCUGCAGGGAGACUAUAGCAACAGGUAUAACAGAGAUCAGGAUUACCCAUCCCUGGAUGUCUUCCUAAAAGGAGCCAUGGAGAAAUCCCUCAGAAGUAAAAAUGGCCACCUGGACCUGUUUGUCCGCUUCCUCCACGGCCUCUCUCUGGAGUCCAACCAGAGAGUGUUAGGAGGCCUGCUGGGUCGCACAGACAACAGACCAGAAACCAUCCAGAGAGCCAUCAGCAACCUGAAGGAGAUGAGCAGUUAUAACAUCUCUCCUGAGAGGAGCAUCAACAUCUUCCACUGUCUGACAGAGAUGAAGGACCUCUCAGUUCAUCAGGAGAUCACAGAGUUCCUGAAGUCAGAGAACAGAUCAGAGAAGGAACUCUCUGAGAUCCACUGCUCUGCUCUGGCCUACAUGCUGCAGAUGUCAGAGGCGGUUCUGGAUGAGUUGGACCUGAAGAAGUACAACACAUCAGAGGAGGGACGACGGAGACUGAUUCCAGCUGUGAGGAACUGCAGGAAGGCCAAACUUACUGACUGUGGACUCUCAGAGACUGACUGUGAAGUCGUGGCCUCAGCUCUGAAGUCUGACCCCUCCCACCUGAGAGAUCUGGACCUGAGUCGGAACGCUCUGGAGGAUUCAGGAGUGGAGCUGCUGAGUUCUGGACUGAAGAGUCCAAACUGCAGACUGGAGGCUCUGAGACUGAGGGGCUGCAGGUUGUCAGAGAUCGGCUGUUCUGCUCUGAUCUCUGCUCUGAAGUCCAACCCCUCCCACCUGAGACAUCUGAACCUGAGUUACAACGCUCUGAAGGAUUCAGGAGUGAAGCUGCUGAGAGAUCUUCUGGAGAGUCCAGACUGCAGACUGGAGACUCUCGGACUGGAGUUCUGCAGUUUGUCAGAGAUCAGCUGUUCUGCUCUGAUCUCAGCUCUGAAGUCCAACCUCCAUCUGAGACAUCUGGACCUGAGUUACAACGCUCUGCAGGAUUCAGGAGUGAAGCUGCUGAGAGAUCUUCUGGAGAGUCCAGACUGCAGACUGGAGACUCUCAGGAUCAAUGGAGAGACGAUCAGAGCCAAGAUCCAGAAGACCUGUGACUCCGAUGUGGAACAGGAAGUGAAGACAGACAGAGAGGCACAACAGCUGGGAGCCAGAGGAGAACAUGCUGGACCCCAGACUGCUGGCAGUGUUCCACAAGAGGCUCCUCAAUCCUUCUCACCUGAACUCACAACUGAGUCUUCAUACAGGUUCAGGUGUCCUGGUCCAGGUGAGUUCCAGUGUGCUUCGACUGGCCUGGUGUUCGUCAUGGCUCAGAAGGCGGAGCUUCUGUACAGGACGGUCCCUUGGGAGGAGAGCCUCCUCCAAUCAGCUGGCAAGCAGGCAGCAGGGCCGCUGUUCGACGUGAAGAGUUCUGUUGAAGCUGCCGUCUGCCAGCUCCACCUGCCACACAGUGAGACAGAGGAUGCGCUGCUCCUGGACGGCCUGUUGUCUGUCGUCCACAUCACUGAUGAAGGCCUGAGCAUCUUGGAGCCGCUGGAGGUCACACCCACUCACGUGGUGGUGAAGGUGCUUCACCUCUCUCCGUUUGGCCUCAUCAUCGAUACAUUGAAAAGGCUUCUAAAGUGGCGGAUAAAUGGCCAAGUUCUGGUGUUCCUACGACCCCCGGGCCGAGAGGAGCAAAUACUGGAUGUAUUUCUGCUGCACAACAACGUCCCUGAGGAGGAGGUUGUUAAAAAACACAAACGGGCUGUGAACAUCCCAAUCUCCUCCGACUGUGAGCUGGACAUUGAUCACAGUUACAGUGUGCACUGUGAACCUGAGGGCUUCUUCAUUCAGCCUGAGAGUAAAACUUUUAAAUCCAUGUUUGGACCAAACUACCAUCCGACAUUUCAAGUGUCCCUGAUGACGAACACAGAGAGAGUGUUCUUGAAGGUCCAGAACCAAGGUGGAAAUGAAGUCUGGAAUUAUCGCGUGUCACUGGAAGAUCCAAGGAAGGAAUUGUCCCAGAGAAAUGUCCCAGCAGAGAGCAGAGUCCCAGCAGAGAGCAGAGUCUCAGCAGAGAGCAGAGUCCCAGCAAAGGAGUGGCUGCUCUCAGUUCGGACAGAGUUCAUUCAAAGAGUGUCUCUAUCCGUCCUGAAGGACCUUCUGGAUAAACUCUUUCAGUCUGAAGUGAUCAAUGAAUCUGAAAUGGAGUCAGCCAAAACCAAAUCCCGAAAUGACGGAGCACGAGAGGUGGUGGACGUGGUGCGAAAUAAAGGAGCUGCAGCCAGCAGGGUUCUGAUCAAUGCUCUCCGUGAGCUGGACCCGCUUCUUUACGAAGAGCUCAACUCGAGCUGAGGCAAAACCUCGUGGAGUGUGUGAAAGCCCCUGCUAGUUUUGACAGUUGAAGUCCUGUCCUCUGUUUUGUUACCUGUACAUUUCCCCCCUUGUCCUUGAAGGUAUCACAGAUUCUGAGCGAAGGCCACUUUCCUUCUCUCUUUUCUCCUGGACUCCCUCCUGAGAGCAGCUACCCGUAUUGGCCUUCCUUUGGUAUUAUCUUGAUAUUUUUUCAAGUAGUUGUUCACUUUAUUACAUACAAUCAGUGUUUCCCCUAGGUUUACUGCUUUGGGGGGUGCUGCCUG